GUCUAUGAUUGUAGAUGCCAUGUGACGAACUGACGAUCGUAAAUACACGCGCAAAACACAUGGUGCAGGAGCAGAUCCUGAUUACUCGAUCUCCUGAGUCUCUGUUAUCAUGAUGCACAUUAAUAUUAAUAAAUAAUAAUAAAUUGAUUGUCACGUCCGUGAAUACAGAUGUUUACCACCGCAUUGGCGAUAUUGUGGUUUUUGAGAGCUCAAAGUAGCACAGUACAAUCAUACGUGUAUCAUUAAAUGCGUGUGGACAAAAAAAACAAGUUUUCUGUCUUCCUUACUUUAUGAAUGCAUUCGAAGUGGGUUUAUAGUAAUCCUGUGUGUAUUUUGUGGAACACUAGUGAGUAGAGUUCACUGAAUAAUGAGCAAACAAGAGUUGAACUCAAAGGUCUUCAAGCGCUGCGAGAACAAUUUGGUGAAGAAACUGAGCGCUGUGUUCUUGAAGAAUUAUCCGCAUCAUGUAGUGCCGGGCUACAACUUGCACGCAUCACCAUGCAUCGAGGAGUGGAGCGAGGAGAGUGUGAUGGGACUCUGUCAGGAAUUUCCGUACAGCUGCGAUUUACCGAGGCCGUUAUUGCCACCGGCACGAUUACCAAGAACAGUGCUCAGUGAAGAAGACCCAGCUUUGCAGCUUCUUACUGUGAAAAACCAGUUAAAGGAUGACGUCAACAGGAUAAUGAAUUAUCAUAAGAGGCACCAGAAAGAGUUUGAUGAAGUAUACAAGAAAAAGAUAAAAUGGAGCAGGGGAAGUGAUGGCUAUAACACAAAGAUACCCAGAUACAUCGCAGAUGUAGCGGAGCUGAUUGAAAUGGAUCCCGAUCCUUACUUUGAAGGGGCCUAUAACUGGUACUACACGGGUGGAUCGUUGAGCUUUGUCCAGCUGAAUGGGAGAAGUAUUUUAUUAUUCCCAUUUAUGGGAGAUCUAGUCGCCGCGAAUAUUGUGUCUAUGGAAGAUGCCACGUGGAAACCACUACUGCGAAGCUCGGCCAAGCGUAAGCUGCACGGAUUGUUGUACGAGACCAGGCAGAGUAAAAUUAAUAAUACAUGUCGAAUUUUGGGAAGGCACAAGAGUCAGUGCGCUCUUUAUACGCUUACCGAUUCCGAGGGCUGCUUAACGCUUCGCGAAAUUCACCAUCAGGCAUCGAAGAUGCCCUACGUUAGCGCCGAUUAGUUGACUGAUCUUAGUCUUCAUUGUACACUGAACGCGGAAGGAGUGUUGUUUUUGUGGGACAUAAACAAGACAAAUUAUAUUAGUACCGGCUGUGUGCGGCAAAGUAAUACAACGCCGGACGCUUGGGGAAGCAUAAGGUUUCAAGAAACGGACCCGAGUGUUUUGAUUUACGCGGACAGAUGUUGCCUGCAUUAUAUCGAUACCAGAACCGUUUUCGACCGGCCAUGCCUCACUCUGUGCCCGAAAUUUAAUCUGGAAAAUUGUGAAAGCCUCUCGGUGGAGGCGCCGAGUAAGCAUCACUGCUGCAGGUACCUUGGCACUUAUCACUCUUUCCUAAUGUGCGACAGUCGCUCGCCGGUGCAGUGUGUGCGACAGAAAUGGACGCAUCAGUUCAAGAGUACUCCAUUACUAGCGACCGUGACGAGCAGCGACGACCAGGAGAUCAUCGUCCUGUCGUCUCAGACGGUCGGCGAGAACGCGAUUAUUUUAAACACUUGGCUAAACGAGGAGCUUUCGCAUUCCUACAACCUACCCUUCACACCGCCGUGCAUCGCGGAAACGUUGAACGAGUCUCAGGUGCAAGGGAUGUGCUUGAAUCCGUACUUGCGAAGCAGAUUCAAGCUGAGCAACACCGGCAGCACGUUAGUUGCGGACGUGGCGAAGGGAGGAGUGUUCCAUUUCUUGCAAAAUUCCAUUGGUGAUGUGUUUUAUCAGUGCAUAACGCACGAGAACUCGUUGGACAGGUACUCUCCGGUGAAUGGCGGGGCCUGUUACGCACUGAGUACGUGGGAGAAGGCUCUGUCGGCCCAAGCCGAGCCGCUGGUACCCCUGACACUCACCGCGAAAUACAAUAUGCAGCAUGUGUACGAAAACUUCACGAACAGAAAGUUGCGCUCGAAAUUGAGCGGCGAGAACGCGGACGACUUCGAGCCAACGUGGAAGCAGUCGCUGGCCACGCUGGGAUCGUACGUUGAUCUGUUGGCGCCGGAACUCCUCGCGGUGUGGGACAUGCGCGAGGAAGUGUCGGUACCGGUCGCGUCAGGAUCCCGUCAGAAAGUUUUGAGCUGGCUGGACACCGCGACACCGAGCUUCCCACCCACGCUGACGCGGGACGGACUCGAGGAGUACGCAUCUGCACCCGUGAAUACUCAAGAAUUAAUUAGCGUGUCGCAGCAACCGGAUCUAACGUACAUCGAAGACAGUAACGUGCUGCAAGAAAUGCUGCUGCCGAAAGUUAGAUCGGAACCACUUGGCAAGAAGAGGAGGCGCCUCAUGUGAUACCUGAUUAAUACGGAAUUAUUAACGUUAAAUUAAAUAUAAUUAACGUUAAAUUAUAUUUAAUCUGUAUUUAUAUAUUUAUAUUUUUGUACGAAAUAU